CUGGAUCCGAAUCCGCUGGCAGUUGUGAGCGGCGAUCGAAGUGCAAAAGACGCCGACUAGUAGUAAAAACGCAGAGUAAACAAAUUCAUCUGCUGAACGGGAACCGGAAUCUCUUACUCAUUACAAAAGAAAUCAAAAACAAGGCUGAACUUCGCACUGAAACUGGGGCUUUAGAGCGAUCUUGAAGAUGGAUCAGAAGCGCGCCAUGCUGUAUCCGCAGGUGGAUUUCAACACCCCGAGCGCCCCUUCGCCGACGCCAACGAGGGAGUUGGGCAACCCCAUGGGCCUGCCCGUGGAGGCUCCUCCGUCCUACGAUGUGGCCGUGUCUGUGCCUGUGGUUCCAGUGAUUUCCGCACCAGCAAUUGCCCCAGCACCAGCGCCAGUGGUUGUUGUCGAGCAGCCAGCACCACAGCCGCCUACAGUGGUGCCCAUUGAUACUCUGCACUUGGGUCCGAAUCGAAGUAGGGUUCUUUGCCCCGCCUGUGGGGCCAACAAAACCACCAGGAUGACACACACCGCUAACUCCAGGACCCAUAUGGUAGCAGGUCUACUCUGCCUAGUAGGAUUUUGCUGCUGUGCCUGUUUCGUCCCCUAUUGCAUGAAUAGUUGCCGCACAGGAAAUCACUAUUGUCGCAAAUGUAACACCUUCCUAGGAGCUUACAAUCCAAAAGGGAUAAACUCAUGAUAAGACUGCGAUAAGAUGUGACCCGGAUGCUGGAAAAAGACAGAAGAGUUAAAAGUUAUAAAUAAACACAAAUCAGCUGAUGCUUGCCAGCAAAUAAGUUAGGAUUGUACAGCAGCCUUUGAUUUAGCAAACCUUCGAAAAGAAUUUAAAGGUAAAUACCAAACGGGAAUAUGUUUUUUAAACCUCUACUUGAAGAAGAUUUAUAUUUAAAAAUAAUAAACACUACAAAAAACCUAAGCAAAACCGCUUACCUUCAGCUUUGUUGCUGAGCAGCUGGCCUCUGGCUGGCUAAAAAAAUUAAGGCGUGGGUUAAAGCUUCGCUUGGCUUGACAAUAAAAAUAAAACAAAACAAA